UGGAGCAUUGAAUUGCCCACCUUUUCUUGCGUAACGUUUCCCUUUCUGUUCGCUUCAUCAAAUGGAUUCUCCUCCUCCUCUCCUCAAAUGUCCACUCAUUCCCAUUCCUCCCCUCUCUAUCUCACCAACUUAGGCCUCGGCAACUCCAUCGCCAUCGCUCUUGGUUUCCUCGUGCUCCUCUCUAUUAUCCUCCUCGCCUCCUACGUCUGCUGCCGCCCUUCUUCUUCUUCGGCUCGCCGCUUCUCUCCCAACCCCGCCGCUGCCAAUUCCGAUGGAAUCAUUCUUCCCAGAGUUGUUUUUGUUGCCGAAGACGAAGACGAUGAAAAUGUGGUCGUGGGGCUGGAUCAAGCCGUUAUAAACUCAUACCCCAAGUUCCAGUUCAGUAAAGAGGCGGUUGCUGUGGGUUCUAACGCUGACACGACAUGUUCCAUUUGUUUAUGUGAGUAUAGGGAUUUGGAGAUGUUAAGAAUGAUGCCCGAGUGCAGGCACUGUUUCCAUGUUUCUUGUCUUGAUGCUUGGUUGAAACUUAAUGGGUCUUGUCCCGUUUGUCGGAACUCGCCACUUCCGACUCCGCUUUCUACGCCUUUGACGGAGAUCGUGCCUUUGUCUCAGUACGCUGCAGACCGAAGGAGAAUGAGGUGACUUUUAUUUGGGGGUGCUUCUUCCUCUUUUUUUAAAUCUCAGUUUGUG